UUUUCAACAAAUAUCAAUUUGAAAUUGGUAUUUCUCAAUGACAACCAAUUCCAGCAUAUCCCAGAAGCAAUCUUAAAAAAUCGUUAUUUCAAACCUGACUGGUGGCAGUGCGAUAAUAACACGACGAAGGUGGUGGUAAGUGUCCUUGGACUGGCAUUAUUCAUAGUUCUCAUAGCUGGUAUUGUUUACUAUGCAAGAUGGGACAUAAGAUUUGCUUUCGUCGUCAGGUUCGGGUGGCAAUGCUGUGCUAAGAAAGCAAAAGAUGCUGACGUCAACCUUGUAAAAAUAUUCGAUGCCUUUGUGUCUUAUAGUUUAUUGGAUACGGCCUGGGUUGCUGCCGAGCUGAUCCCAAAUCUGGAAAAUGACGAACAAUUCAACUUUCGUCUAUGUAUCCACGAGCGCAAUUUCCUUCCCGGCAACUCUAUUGUAGAAAGUGUUGAAGGAGCCAUGGACGGCAGUUACAGUGUCAUUUUCUGGAUUACUGAAAACUUUCUGGGAAGCGAAGUUUGUGAUUUUGAACUGAAUUUGGCCAAAGCCAAGCUUUUUGAAGGGAGCAUUCGCUCAGUAAUUUUCUUAUUCGAAAAAGGUUUUGAUAAAACCCAACUACCGCAGCCCAUGGGGAUAAUGAUGCGACAUUGCCGUUGUCUUUACUGGCCAGAAAUGCGGCUCCGCAAAAGAGAUAUUUUUUGGAAAAGACUGAAGCUUGUCUUAUUGGAAAACAGAGACGAGCACUAG